CCAGCGAUGGACUUACGCUGUCGGCACUGAGGCUCCCAGUUCUCUAGUUGUUCGGAUGACCGCAGUCCCUCAUGGCGCUCAUUCAUGAACCUCGUGCCCCGUCUCCUUCUCUCUCUGGCUUCAACACACCACUCUCUGAUCCUCCUUCAUUUCGGCGGCUCGAUGCAGAAACACCAUGCACACCAGAAAUGGACCUGACCCCGACUCAGUGCGUCCUUCGCAACGUCCUCUCCAUAGAUACUGGGGGCGUUGUCGAGCCCGGAGGUGGAGGCGGAGAGGGUCAGACUGCUGGGCACAACCAGACACCAGGCGACGAACAACAGGAGCACUUUGCCAACAGUGUCCUGAAGCUCCACGAGCAUGAUGGGAGCCCCGGGAGGACGGAGGGAGAGGGGCAGGAGCCGGACAGCAGCGCGGUCCGGAGCCAGGCGGACGAUGCCAGGCUACAGUGCCAGUCUACCGGAGGGGGAGGAGGGUUUCUGGAGGGGUUGUUUGGGUGUCUGCGGCCCGUCUGGACUAUGAUUGGCAAAGCCUACUCCACAGAGCACAAACAUGACCUGGACGAGGCAUGGGAGGUCCCGUUCGAGGAGAUAUCGGACCUGCAGUGGGUGGGCAGCGGAGCCCAGGGCGCUGUCUUCCUGGGUAAACUGCACGGACAGGAAGUGGCCGUAAAGAAAGUGAGAAACAUCAAAGAGACCGACAUCAAGCACCUGCGCAAGCUCAAACACCCCAACAUCAUCACGUUCAAAGGUAUUUGCACCCAGGCUCCGUGCUACUGCAUCAUCAUGGAGUACUGUGCCCAGGGGCAGCUGUACGAGGUGCUGAGAGCAGGCAGGAAGAUCACGCCAUCCCUGCUCAUGGACUGGGCCAUGGGCAUCGCAGGGGGCAUGAACUACCUUCACCUCCACAAGAUCAUCCACCGAGACCUCAAGUCCCCAAACAUGCUGAUCACCUACGAUGAUGCAGUGAAGAUCUCUGACUUCGGCACGUCCAAAGAGCUCAGUGACAAGAGCACCAAGAUGUCCUUCGCUGGGACGGUGGCCUGGAUGGCUCCCGAGGUCAUUCGCAACGAACCCGUCUCAGAGAAGGUGGAUAUCUGGUCGUUCGGCGUUGUGCUGUGGGAGAUGCUGACAGGAGAGGUGCCCUAUAAGGAUGUGGACUCCUCCGCUAUCAUCUGGGGAGUGGGUAACAACAGUCUACAGCUGCCCGUACCAGAUAGCUGUCCAGACAGCUUCAAACUGCUCCUGAGGCAAUGCUGGAACUGCAAACCAAGAAACAGGCCAUCGUUUCGACAGAUUCUCCUGCAUCUGGACAUCGCCUCAGCGGAUAUCUUAUCUACGCCGCAGGAAACGUACUUUCAGUCUCAGGCGGAGUGGAGAGACGAGGUGAGGCACCACUUUGAGAAGAUCAAGUCAGAGGGGACGUGUCUUCACAGGCUGGACGAGGAGCUGAUCAAACGACGCAGAGAAGAGCUCAGACAUGCACUGGACAUCCGGGAGCAUUAUGAGAGGAAACUGGAGAGAGCUAACAAUCUCUACAUGGAGCUCAAUGCUAUCAUGCUGCAGCUGGAGAUCAAAGAGAAAGAACUGCUCAAGAGGGAGCACUCACUGGACAAGAAAUACCCGGGCUGCUUCAAGCACCACAGCUCCAGACAGUCAGCCUCCUCCAACUCGAUGGAGAAGCUCAUGAAGAAACGCAACGUACCUCAGAAACUGCCCUCACACAGCAAGAGGCCAGACUUACUUAAGUCCGAAGUUAUCCUCCCCAAACUGGACUCGUCCAUGACCCAGGUCACAAUACCCAACAAAGGCUCUACCUCCCCUGGCCGCUCACGCCGAGGAAAACCUCGCUACAGGAAGGCUGGAAAAGGCAGCAGUGGGGAUUUGGCUCAGCUAAAAGCCACCCUCUCCUCAUCUUUAGCAAUGGUCAACGCCACUUCAUCUGUUCCCUGCAGCAAGCACCAUCUAGACCCCAGUGCAGCCCUCAGGGGUCUGCAGCAUGACCUGCUGCUCAAGAAGAUGUCCUCCUCCAGCCCCGAUCUCAUUUCAACCACCCUGGAAGCUGAAGGCCGGAGGAAGGGGCAGGCGAGGCCAGGGCUGGACAGAGCGGGCAGUCAGAGCGCCUCAGCCGGUCUGGGGGAGAGCAGAAGGACUGGAGGGCCAGAGGACGGGCCAGAUGUGGGAGUAGGGACUGACGACCUGGCAGAAACACCUCCACGCAGUGACACGCCCAGCGAAGACGCAGCUUCUAUUCCGUUCUCCAGCAGCCCUGACUCGCCGUGCGGCAGGGGAGCCGCUGCGGGGAGGACGUCUGUGCUCGGGAGCCCCCGCGUCCCCCACGAGGGCGAGGAGAAGGAGGAUGGGCCGGUGAUCACGCGCUCACCCAGAAGUCAGCGCCUCACACCUGCGGCGCUGCUCUACAGGGCAGCAGUGACACGCAGUCAGAGACGCGGCGUGUCGUCAGAGGAAGAGGAAGGAGAAGUGGACAGUGAAGUGGAGUUACCGAGAAGACGACGUCCCGUGAGCAUGACCAAAUGCCAGUCCCUGUCAACGUUUAGCUCAGAGAACUUGUCAGUCUCGGACGGCGAGGAGGGAAAUACCAGUGACCACUCCCACAGCGGCACACCGGACGUGGUCAGCACCAACACCGACGAGCGUCUGGACGACAAGAGCGAUGACCUGCUGUCUCAGGGCUCGGAGAUUCCCGCCGACCCGUCUGACCCGACCCAGCUGUGCUCCGACGGGCUGUCCGAGAAGGAAGCUAUUCUACGACAAGUCAAGACCCAGCUCGCUUCUAAUGACCACAAUUAUGAGGGCCUGUAUGAUGACUCGGACUGUGACAGCGCAGAGCUGGACCAUUCAGGCAUUGCAGAGCCCAGCCAACCUCCAACCAACUGGUGAAAACCCAACACCUCAACCCACUCAGACACUCGCAGAUCUGGCCUCUGAAUGCCUCUUUUGUUCUCACAGACCUUAGAAAACACUGAGUCAUGAUCAGGGACAUUGCGGGGAGUCGGGAAAUGAAGGCCUGUCACCCUUCAUUACAAGCAGCAACACAAAACAAAUUCUUGGAAAUUGGCGAGUGGGAUGAAAAACGUGACAU